UUAACAAGUUCUCAACGUUCCCACCAGAACAGAUUUAACUUACCAACCAACUGCUCAAUUUGUAGAAAAAAAGAAAAAGCAAACCACCAUUUCAGGUUUCACAUUUUGCAACAGAGAACAUGUCACCUGCACUAUCUCUAUCUAUUUCCCACAUUCCCAUCUGCAAAUCUCAGGACCUUUCAAAGGAUGCCCACAUCUCCAAAAUUUCUGGUAGAGAAAACCCAUCUCACAAAACAUCCUCGGAUGUCAAACUGAGUAAAAGAAAACUACUAAAUGCCACUGCCUUUGGCCUUUUAAGUGAAGGAAUCUCUAUAGCUCAGCCUGCAAAAGCAGAGCCAGAGAGCCCAGUAGCAGCAACUUCAAGUAGGAUGUCAUAUUCAAGAUUCUUGCAGUACUUAGAUGAAGGUGCUGUAAGGAAGGUAGACCUGUUUGAGAAUGGAACUGUAGCCAUUGCAGAGAUUUUCAAUCCAACUCUUUCCAAGAUGCAGAGAGUGAAAAUACAAUUACCAGGAUUGCCGCAAGAGCUGUUGAGGAAACUGAAGGAUAAAAAUGUAGAUUUUGCAGCUCAUCCAUUGGAAAUCAACUGGGGUGCUGCUUUGCUUGACUUGUUGGGGAACUUGGCCUUUCCAUUGAUUUUGCUUGGCAGUUUGUUGUUAAGGUCAUCAUCCACAAACCCUGAUGGAGGCCCCAACUUACCAUUCGGGCUUGGAAGAAGCAAAGCCAAAUUCCAAAUGGAACCCAACACUGGAGUAACAUUCAAUGAUGUUGCUGGAGUUGAUGAAGCCAAGCAAGAUUUUCAAGAAAUUGUUGAAUUCUUGAAGACACCGGAAAAGUUUGCUGCAGUAGGGGCAAGAAUUCCUAAAGGAGUACUGCUAGUAGGACCUCCUGGGACUGGCAAGACCUUACUAGCUAAAGCAAUAGCUGGAGAAGCAGGAGUUCCUUUCUUUUCGCUCUCAGGAUCAGAGUUCAUAGAGAUGUUUGUUGGUGUAGGGGCUUCAAGAGUGAGGGAUUUAUUCAACAAGGCAAAGGCAAACUCGCCAUGCUUGGUUUUUAUCGACGAGAUAGAUGCAGUUGGAAGGCAGAGAGGGACAGGCAUCGGUGGAGGAAAUGAUGAGAGGGAACAAACAUUAAACCAGUUACUCACUGAAAUGGAUGGUUUUAGUGGUAACAGUGGAGUUAUUGUAAUUGCUGCUACAAAUCGGCCUGAAAUUCUUGAUUCUGCUUUGCUAAGGCCAGGAAGAUUUGACAGGCAGGUAACUGUUGGGCUACCAGAUAUUAGAGGAAGGGAAGAGAUAUUACAGGUGCACAGCAAAGGCAAGAAGCUUGACAAGGAUGUUUCCCUAAGUGUUAUUGCCAUGAGGACACCAGGAUUCAGUGGCGCGGACUUGGCAAACCUAAUGAAUGAAGCCGCCAUUCUUGCUGGUAGGAGAGGCAAAGGUAAGAUCACCCUGAAAGAAAUUGAUGAUUCGAUUGAUCGAAUAGUGGCGGGCAUGGAAGGAACCAAGAUGACAGAUGGGAAAAGUAAAAUCCUGGUGGCUUAUCAUGAAGUUGGGCAUGCUGUUUGCGCGACACUGACUCCAGGUCAUGACCCAGUUCAGAAAGUAACUCUAAUUCCACGAGGCCAGGCCCGAGGACUAACAUGGUUUAUGCCAGGUGAAGAUCCAACUCUCAUCUCCAAGCAACAGCUAUUUGCUCGGAUUGUUGGAGGUCUUGGAGGUAGAGCAGCAGAGGAAGUGAUUUUUGGUGAAUCAGAAAUCACUACUGGUGCAGCAGGGGACCUGCAGCAAAUCACUCAAAUUGCUAGACAGAUGGUUACAAUGUUUGGCAUGUCCGAGAUUGGGCCAUGGGCACUCACGGAUCCAGCAGUACAAAGCAGUGAUGUUGUACUAAGGAUGCUGGCUAGAAAUUCCAUGUCUGAGAAACUUGCAAAGGAUAUUGAUUCAGCGGUUCGAGACAUAAUUGAAAGAGCGUAUAAGAUCGCAAAGGAACAUGUAAGGAAUAACAGAGAGGCCAUAGAUAAACUAGUAGAGGUGCUUCUAGAGAGGGAAACCCUAACUGGGGAUGAAUUCAGGGCAAUCCUGUCAGAAUUUACUGAUAUUUCCGUAGGCAAAGUAGAUAGGAUCUCUGUACGUGAAAUGAUCAAAGUUUAGGAGCACCCAUUUGGAUUGUCAUACAUUUGUAAGUAAUAAAUUACUGUUAAGUAUAGCGGCAGAAAAUUGCCUUA